AUGGAUGUAGACGCUUCCACCAACUACCCAGGAGCCUUGAUCUUCUGGGCAUAUAUCGCAGCUGCUCUGACCUCCACCGGAAUUGUCUUGAACACCAUCAGACAGUCAUACCUCCAGAAUAAUGGCAGAUCCAAGAUCCCCCUUGUACUCAAAGUCCUGGCCAUAUCCAGUUUCGCUACUCUUUCCUACUACAUGCUCAAUGUUUUGAUUCUCUCCUACCAGCAAUGGACAGUUCGCCACAGUGUUCCUCUAGGAGCCUUGAUCGGAUCAAACAGGACACCUCUACACUUGUGGCAAUGGUCAAUCACCUCUUCGCUGUUUCAAAACUUUGGUGAAGCCAUCGUAGCCUCCAAACCUCGAUAUCUGCUUUCUUCCUCUGGCUUGUGGUCUACACUCGCAGUCGCAAUAUACAUGGGCAUCGAAGGCCGAAGAUGCAACGUCCCCAACCUCUGGGCUUUCUUUGCACUUCUCGAGAUUUUGCCUACUUCAUUUGCACAAACGCUGUUUUACAUUAUGCUUUGCACUAAGCCACAGCCGGCAACCUCGAAUCAUCAGCUGCUGUCCUACUGGCCUUUCUGGUACUCUGUGCCUUUGCUAUACAAUUACUGCCUCAGCAAAGCACCAGAUUAUGCUGGGGAGGGAGAGUGGCUCAUCUACACCAUCCUUGCUGCACGUGUAUUGCUUGUUCUCCCACUGGUCCUUCCUUUACGUAGCUCAGGCCAUGAAGCUCCGGGAGCCAGCCCCAACACAUUCCAGCAUGUGGCAACUCUACGCUUGUUCGCCUUUUCGAUGGCUGUCCAAUUUCUCACUCACAAGAGGAUUGGAGAUUUGGGGCCGUGGGAUCAGAUGUCUGCAGUCUUGUUCGAGGCACUGAACAGUCACCCGGCAGUCCAGACUUUGAGCUAUGAUCUGCUGCACAGUGCUGUUGCAUUUGGAUAUUGGAUGCUGCGCAAACAACAUGUUGAACCAGUCGUGGAAGAUAAGGCANAAGAGCAAAAGCCUCCUCUCAAGAAAAGACGCUAA